AUGUCGGAAUUCGACUCCAGACCCGUGGCAUCACGGGGCAGAAGCUCUACCAGAGGCGGUCGUGCAUCGCAUCCUAGAGGUCCUCCUCGCCAAUCUCAAACUUCCUCCAACGCAAACCCCUCGUCGGUUCAAUUCGACGAUGCCUUUGACGAACAGGGCGAGUUGGGCAACAUGAAGAAAACUUACUCGACUCAAUUGAGCUUUAUGCGCGACAUGUUCCCAGACUGGACCGACGACGAUCUAGUCUUUGCCAUUGCAGAGGCCGACGGCGAUGUUCAGAUUGUCAUUGAUAGAAUUACUCAAGGCAACGUCUCGCAAUUCGCCCAAGUCCCCAAGAAGGGCAAGGAUAGAGCGCGCUCAAAGGCCAAGGAGACCUCAGCUGCCGCUGGCGCAGAUCAGGCCACAACCCCAAUGCGUGGUGGCCGUGGAAGAGGUGGUUUCGAGAGCUCCAGAGGUGGCAGAGGUCGCGGCACCGAUCGCGGUCGUGGAGGUUUCAGAGGUGCCCGUGGUGGCCAUGCCGCCGUCACCGACUCAUUCCCCAAAGACACUGCCGCCGUGUCCGUUCCUACCACAGAGUCUCCUGCUUGGGACAACGUUGCUGCCGAACCCGCCGCUCCGCUCGCUUGGGACACCCCGGCUGCCACUGAAUCAGGCGCAUGGGGUAAUGCCACCACCACCGACGCUAUCCCGACCGCUGUUCCUGAUGUCGCAAAGAGCGUCGCAGUUCCUGAAAGCUCUGGCAAGAAGACAUGGGCUAGUAUGUUCGCUAAGCCUAAGCCUCCACCUGUACCUGUCGUUCCAAAGCAACCUGCUCAAUCUGCCGCCCCUGCUGCCGCAAUUGAUCCCACACCUACUCCUGCAGAAUUGACAGAACAGACCGAGUCUUCGUCUACUGUCCCCCAAGACAUCGUUCCUGAACCUACACAGCAGCUCGAGCCUGAGGUCGCACCAGCAGCCGUCGAGGAACAACCCACAGAAAUCGCCCAAACUGAGACGGCUCCUGUUGCUUCUGAGCCUUCGCCAGCAGCUGCUGAGCCAUCCGCUUCGACCGAGGCCGACCUUUCAUCCGCACACGCUCCUCUGACCGAGGACAACCUUGAGCAUCUUCCUGAUACUUCGAUCAAGCCCGCGACUCAGACUGUCGCUAGCACUACUGGCUCGAUCGACCCUCGCGUGGCCACCCCUGCCACUUCUCAACAAGCUCCCAUCGGCCGUCCUCCCAUGGGUGGCUACGCAGCCAGCGCAUACAGAGCCGCCGGCACCCCUAACCGCAACUCAAGCUACCAGCGUAGAGUGCUCGAGCAGCAAGAGGCUGUUGUCAUGCCUGGUCACAACGCAGUCGACAGAGCUGCAGUACAAGAAGAGCCCGAGACACGCACUCAGCCUCCUCAGCAAUCCCCUCCUUCUCAGCCCAGAGCCUCGCUCCCUCCUGCCCCCAGACAGCCUGCUCUCUCUCAAGAGUCCUCAAUCCACGACAACGUUCCUACCCCCAAGCAGGCUCCUGGACUCCCUCCCGUCCCUCAGCAGGCCUUCGGCGGCCACCAGGAUGCUUCACCUAUUGGUUCUCUCCCUCAGGAGUCUUCGCAGUCUCAAGGUUAUGGACAGUACAGCCGCUACGGCCAGAGCGGUAUGCAACAACCUGAUAUGAGCGCACAGUCUCAGAAGUCGUUCGAUCCUUUCAGCCACCAAGCUCCUUCUACCGCCUAUGACCAUUACGCUAGCCAGCACUCAGCUCAACAGCACCAGCCAUUCGGUGGUUUCUCCUCUGCUCCUUCCGACUACUCUCAAUACUACACUGCCGACCAGCAGAGAAACGCUUACCAGAGCUACUACGGCGGCUCAUACGGCCAACAGGCAUCGCAAUCUCAGGACAACACUGCCAACCAACAGCGUUCGACUAGUGGUUUCGGAUCUGGUCCAAGUGAUUCGGCCUUCUCCGCUUCUCAAACUCCUCAGCAGUCUCGCUAUGGCGAAGCUCCCGGAUCAGGCCACAACACCCCUGCUCCUUCCAAUAGCCAGGCUCCCUCUGCUGCUCCCAGUGCAGCCAUGCACCAGCAGCCCCACUCUGGCUACAACCCUGCCUACCCUUACGGCCACCCCUACUACCAGAGCCCCUACCAUGCUGCUUACCAGAACCAGUUCGGUUACCAGCAGCCUGCUUACGGCAGUCCCUUCGGAGGCAAGGGCGGCAUGUACGGACAGCCUCACGGCUAUGGCAUGAACUCUGGUUCAUCUUACGAUCACUCGGCAUCACCUGCAAACGCCGGUGGUUUCGGCGCUCAGCCCUCCAUGCAGUCUCGUGACUCGGGCAUCAGCAGCGGCCUCGGCGACUACGGUCGUUCUUCUGCUCAGCCUUCGAACCUCAGCAGCGGUUUCGGUGGCAUGUCAGAGCCCUUUGGCCGUAGCCAGUCUGGCUACCAGGGUCAAUCUCAAGGCUACGGCCAGCAGCAGAGCACUGGUCAAGCCGAUGACUUGAAGCCUUUCGGAGAGUCCAAGACUAGCGGCCCCUCUCCUGGCCUCGGUCAGCCCGGCAGACCCAGCUCGGCUGCCAACAGCGUUGGAGGACAGACUCCUUCGACCACAUUGCCCCCUCCUCAGAGCCACCAGGCUGGUUUUGGCGGAUACCCUGGCUUUAACAGCCAAUACGGACUCGGUGGCCUCGGCGGACAGAGCCACCAGCAGCAGCAACAGCAGCAGCAAGGCGGUUACGGCGGAUAUGGCAGCGGAUUUGGAAACUCAUACUACGGAGCACGUGGUGGUUGGGGCGGAAACUACGGUGGUCACUAA